UAUAUGAGAUCAAAUUUUAUCUAUCUCACAUUCUCUCUAUCUCUGUUUUCUCUCAACAACUCCAUGGAUGGAGCAUCAACCAAAAAAUCCAAAAUGAUGAGAUCUGCUUCAGAAAAUGUCUCCAAAGUUGAUUCAAGGAAAUCAAAGUUUGCUAUCAAGGGCUCAAAGCUUGCUUUAACCGACCCCAAACGUGCUAGAAGGAUAUUGAGAAAAAGAAAGUUUUUUGAAAGACUAAGAGAAAAGGAGUCUAAUCGUUACCUUUUCAAUCUAGAGAAGAGGGUAGCAACAUUGCAAAAAAUAGCAGACCGCAUAUUGGCAUUCAACUCUAAGCAAAUCAGAAAUAUUAUGAAACACAAUGCUAAGCUCAAUAAAUUAAGAUUGAAGGUGCAAACUGCGAUGGAGCUUAACCGCUCGCGAGAAAUAAUGCUUAAUGCUAUGAAAGAGGAAAUAAAAGAUAUUUUGCGUCUACAACUUUUAAAAGAAUUGGGGCAUGAAUACAAUGAUGAGACCAUGCAUGAUGACGAGGAAGAGGAAGAAGAUGAGGAUAAGGUCAUGGAAGAUGACGAGGAGGAAGAGGAAGAAGAUGAGGAUGAGGUCAUGGAAGAUGACGAGGAAGAGGAAGAUGAAUAGUGUCUAUAUAUUGGAGACUUUGAAAUAAGAAGAUCUUUAAAUAAUAUUUAAAUUUAUUUAAAUUCUUUAGUAAGAAAGAAUCGUAUUGAUCGUAGAUUAUUUUACUUCUCUAUCACCUCAAAUUUCCAUUUGUCAUGUGUCAAAAGUUUGCUUUUAUUGAUCAUAUCAUAUUCCUUAUGUGUUUUUUUAUUAAAUCUCACUUUGAGAAAAUAUUUGUAUCAAAUUAUAAAUCAUUUUAUAUUACCAUUGAACAAUUGAUGUUAUUUUUU